AUGCCAAGUGACGUCUCGGAUGACGAAGAAGAGGAUUUGACGGCCAUUGGCCUACCUUUUGUACAAAGCGAUAUCCCAGACGAAGAUAUCAAGGAUGAGACCGCCAACGUAUGGCCGGAGAACAAACGGGCUCAAACAAUACCUCCUAAACGCAGACCCUCGACCUCUAUGCCUCCACAACUCCCGCUGCAUUAUGCAUGCCAGUUCUGUCGAGCGCGCAACAGAAGAUGCGACGGCUAUGUGCCUUGUGCUGGAUGUGUCGAGUCUGGUAUUGGCCACAAAUGCGUCUAUCGAGGUGGUCGCGGAGGUGGCGCUAUCUCUGCAAACGCGCUGGGGAUCAAGCCUGCAGUACGGGUUAAGGUGUCAAAUGCUGGUUCGCGAUACCAGGCUUCACACGCUCGAGGACUACCAUCGGCAAUUCCUGUGGCCUCGGUGUCUCAACGCCCUCCACCAUCAGGUUCCCGUUCAGUCACGUCAAGGAGUCGACAGCAUCUGUCUGCUAAGUCACGUUCGUUGGCUUCUUCAACCCUUGCGCGAGCUCCUCAAAGCUCUCCACGUCCGCCGCGUUCAGGUCGAUUUGGCGUUGCCAAGCGGCCAACCAGACCAAAGGUGCAAAUGGUCAAUGCCGAUCCAGAAGACAUUCGGUUGGUCAUCUGUGAGCCCUGUCGGAGAGGUCAUUCGAGGUGCGACGGUAUGCUUCCAUGCCAAAGGUGCUCGGAGAGUCCCAGGUACAAAGGUGCGCAAUGCGUUUACCGUACGGGGCAAUAUGUAUCCGUGGGUUCGACGAAGUCCGAGGCAGCUGCUUCUAGUGUUUCACUACAAUCUGCGCCUGCUCUGGUAAAUGGACUGGUGCCCGACUUGACCUCCAGGCCAGGUUCACACAAACAGCACGAAGCAGCUACUAGUCCAGAUGAAUGGUCCGACACAGACAGUGACUCCGAGAUCGAUGGCGAUAUUGCUCAUGAAGAGGAGCUAGACGACGAGGAAGAGCCAACCAUCGAGGUUGCCCCAACGGGCGUCCCGGUUCCCUCUCCUGCCAGACGUAAUGGUAUUCCGCCGCCUAGACAGUACGCCGGCGGCACUCCACGACUAAGGGACACAGAUCUUCCCGGUACAACACACAAGUAUUGCGAUGAGCCCCGGAGACGGAAGAGAGCCGCCUCCGAAGAUUCUGACAUCGGCCAUUCUUUAUCCAGACAGAAACGUGUGAAGCUGGGACCGCCCGAGACAACUCAGACACCAUCCAGUGGCGCGGGAAAACGGGCGCUAGGACGAGACGUCGAGGACCGACCAAUUACUAGAUCGAUCACCGCUACCUCGACGGCUCGGCGGCGCUCAUCUGAUGACGAAGGAGACGGCCACGACCCAGCCGUUGCAGAAGAAACCAUGAUCCGGCCUGAGCAUGUCCCCUCGACCAUCCGCCAGGUCUUCGCAAACCUUGAGCACGAUAUCGUGCUGGACAUCAUGCCCGACCUACCCAGUUGCGGACGACACAUACUCCAGGGUCUCGGCACCAAAACCAAGAUGCCGUGGGCAUACUCGACGCACCCUGCCGCGGUGAAAAAGCGGGAAUUGUCCGAAAACAGAAGUGAUCUCGCGAUGCUUCUCGAUCUACGCGAGCGUGCAGACCAGAAUGCCUUACAUCGGCUCGUCAGGAAUCUCCAGCAGGACCCGGAUGUGCAUUGGGACCUGAUGACGGUUCAGGAGCAGGAGCAGCUCAAGAAGAAGAGGUUUGCGGAAGUGAUGGCGCAGCGAGAGCAGGAGGGACGGAGCGCGAAUCAGUUCAUGCAGCGGGUCAUAGAUUUGGUGAUCAGCUGUGUUGGUGAAAAGGCCAUGUUUGGUUUCCUUUUGCAGAGUCGCAGGGCCAAACAGAGGGUUCUGGGUCUUCUGGAGGAGUUUUGCAGGUUGGAUGAAGACGGGAAGUUGAGACUCGUUGCUGGUGGAAAUGGGGACGCCGCUGGAGGGUAA